AUGGCUGGCGAUGGUGCUACACCUGGGAGAGCGAUAUCCACUGGAUCAGCCAACAUCGGCAGUAUUAUCCAUUCAUCUCAAGUGCCAAAACCACACUCAACCACACAUAAAAUUGCCGCGAGUUCUGCUUCUGGUCACCCCCCGAAUCGGACCGGGGUGAGAAAAGCCAACAGCGAUACCAAGGUGGGAUUUCCUGCGUCCGGCCCUUGGCUCGAAGCAUCAUGCGACGUGGUCAAGGGACCCAAGACCUGGGACGAGAUGUGGAAGGCGGCGUCCGGCUCAGAGGCAUGGGACCAGGCAAUGAAAGCUUUCAAAAAAGACUUGGAAGACCCCAAUGGACUCCACUGGCCCUUUGACCGAUGGCUAUGGUCUGCGUCCGGUGGACUUGAGAAUCCUCGUUGCGUGGACCCCGACAGCACCCAUUGUACUCGGUUCGAAUGUGGCGACAACCAAGACUCGCUGAAACCAGCCGGUGCUCUUAUGAUGUUAGCUCUCUCGGGCCUUCAGCAAAUGGUGCACGAAACCAAAAUUGCAAUGGACGAAGCCCACUCCACUGUCAAUGGGGUUAUUGGCGAGUUCAGAGAGACAUUCACCCGAAUGCCAGACCACCAUUUGGAAAUGGCUAUUGUGAAGAUGUUCAUUGAUGCGGCCACCUUCAGUCUGGGGAUUGGAAGUGCAUUUGUGUGGAAUGUUUUUGCCAGAGAGGCACAGUGGUUUACCAAAGAUGAUAAUCUCCGGAGCGCUUUCAAAGAUAUCUCCAAUGCCGGUAUUGCCUUUAGCGCAGUCGCCCCCAAGGACCACAUGAAGGCUAAGGACGAAACACUAUCAAUCCAGAACCUCGUCAGUGGAUUGGCAACAGAAUUCAUUGACGAAACCAUCAACAACCUGGUUGGAUUCCUCAACCAUACCGUCUACGCCCAGGACGACAAAUCUCAGUCGCUUCUGCACCAUAUCGUGGCUGAUGGGAUUGGCUACUCUUUCCAGACCCUCAACUAUGUGUCUAACACAAUCAAAGCCAGCGUCCUGAAGCUCUUUUACGGAAAGAUGAUCCCCCAGGCCUGGUCGAUAUCCGUUGAACACCAGGAGCCUUUCAUCCUACGUGUUCCUAAUGACCUGUACAAAUGUGGAGACCCCGUCGAGCAGCCCCAGAGUGAAGAUGACAAGAAGGGAUUCAAUCUGGGGAUGUGGAUGACGGGUAAAACAGCAAAGGAGACACAAGUCUGUCUUGAUGAUGCGGUCUACUUUGUCCUCAACGCAAGGUAUGAUGAAGACCAUAUUUGCGAUGGCAACAACACAGGUCAUGUCGGCGACUGGGAUAAUUGCUUGCAUAACUACGUGCACACGGUCUUCGGCACACUGGCUGGUGGCGACUCAAAGACUCUGGAUGGCGAGCAGUGGGGAGGAGUCACGUUGAAAGACAUGCUGGUGAGCAGCAUGGGAGCAUUUGUGGCCAACGGCUUCAAAAAUGGUUACCUUGCAUCGGUCCAGCAAAUGGAAGAGACGAGUUCCCUUCACGUCGAUUCCGCUCUCACCAAGGUCGAAGACAGCGGUGUCAGUUUCUUCGACGAUAUCAAAACGCCCGGGUUCUUCAAUUUCACCAUUUGCUUUGAUCCCUGGGAAGCAGUCGCGAGCGUCCUGCAAUUCCGCCACCCACCGUGUGCCGAGAGCCCAAAGCUGGGUGAUUAUUAUACAAAACCCAAAAACGAGGCCGG